GUGAAACUAAAGCGCAGCGUGUGUACAUUCAAAAAGUGUUAAAAGUGUUUUGAGUGACCCUGUGAUAUUGGACCAAACAAAAAGCGCUUCAACUUGUACUUCUCUUUUGAAAAGAAUGCUUACCUUUUUUCUGAAACAAACGUAUUGACUUACUAUAUGUAGUUCUUGGCUCGUUUUGUGCCCAGUUGAUACUGUUUUGAUUUCCCUGACAACUGAACGACGAGACGGAGAUGAGCCUGCCACAGAUAUUUACUCGAGUGAGACUACUCCCGACAAAUUCAGAUUUAAGCAAACUUCACAGCAAGACUGUGAACCAUAAAUAUGAAGAUGUGAAUGGUGUUGCCUGCAAGUCAUUUCAAGAGGCUGAAGAUAUUUACAGGAAGAGUGUAAUUGAGCAAACAGCAUGUGAUGGAAGUAGGGAUCUAAGACAGGAGGAGAGACCAGCUCAAAGUGACUCCUUAGUAAUUGAACCAGUUAAGGUUGAUGACACUGUUAUGUAUUACAUUGAAAAAAUGAAAACUAAGGAACUUGACAUAAUUAAAAAAAGGAAUGCAGUUAUCAUGAAGCAAGACAAUAGAUUUGUGACCUUUUUGUCUCAGUCUGGGAAGAGCCUUCAUGCUCAGUUUGCACGAGAACAGUUUAUAACAUUAUAUCAAAAGAUUGCAACAGGGCUGCAAACUCGGACAUAUUAUUACAGUCCAGGAAUUAAUGUGCUUUGCCAAGCAGAAUUUCCAGAACUGGUAAUAACUCAUAAAGAUGAAAAGCGGUUUCAGCUGAUUGGCAACUUCAUUAGUCUCGAAAGAUUUGAGACAUUUUUGAAUGGGAAUACACCGAGAUAUUCACAGUACCAAACCCCAAAUAAUACAAAAGUCUAUGAAACGCCUUCCAAGCAAAAUGUGGAACAACAGAAAUCAAUAGACCAAGCCAAAGAUGAAGCGUGUCCAAUUUGUUUGGAACCACUCAAGACAUCUGAAUGCACAGUCUUGCCUAAAUGUAAGCACAGAUUUUGUAAAGACUGUUUGAAAAGAGCUUUCCAGUUGAAACCAACUUGUCCGAUAUGCGGAGAGAUAUACGGCAGUCUUACAGGGACACAACCCAAAGAAGGAUCCAUGACUGUCUCACGGGACAGCUCCUUUCUACCUGGAUAUGCAAAAUAUGGAACAAUCGUAAUUAGCUACCAUAUACCAAGUGGACGUCAGGGGGAUGAACACCCAAACCCAGGCAUGCCGUACCAGGGUGCGUCCCGUAUAGCUUACCUCCCUGACUCAACCGAGGGGAAGAAGGUACUGAAGCUUCUGCAGAGGGCAUUCGACCAGCGACUCACUUUCACCAUUGGACGCUCAUCUACCACUGGACAGAACAAUGUGGUGACCUGGAAUGACAUUCACCAUAAGACGUCUCGUGAUGGAGGGCCAACUUGUUACGGUUACCCAGAUCCAGACUACCUCAAACGAGUACAAGACGAACUGAAAGCAAAAGGAAUUGACUGAUUAUACAGACUGAACCUUGUAAUCAAUUCAGACACUAUUAUUACAACCAGCUGUCAUAUUUAAAACAAGGACAAGAAUAAAGUAAUAUUGCAAUCUUGUGAUCACUAAUCAAAGUAUGGCAAUUUGGGUUUUUUUUACAGGCAUUCUUAAUUUUUUAUGUUUUUCUUAAUGUUUUGAAUGUAUGAAUCUCAUGAAGCAGCAUAAGAGAAACAGAGUUAGGGGCCAUUCAAACAAUGCAUUUUUGCAUUCCACUACAUUGCUUUUUCUAUGUAAACAUGCUCUACACAGACAUGUUUGACCAUUGCUUUAAUGUCUUUUGCAGUGUUACGUGCAUGACAUGGCAUUUUAAAAACACCCCUAAGACAAUUAAUAUGUAAUGUACGCAGUAUAACAUGUUUGUGCUUUUAACUGUAAACCUUAGUUUCAUGUCAGUAUGAUAGAGGAUCACAUCUACAGAAAUCAGUUUUGUUUUAAUCACCAUUGCUAUAUUAUAUUGUGAUUUUAGAUUUCCUAAUGGAUGAACAUGCAGAUGAACAUGCAGUGUGUAUUAAGUUACAAUAGAGACUCAGCAACAAAAAGGAACAAAUAUAAGUGUCUUUGAUGGUAAAAUUAUAUGAACUAUUCCGAGAGACAUUCACAGAGGUGAAACAACCGGUGAUCAUGAGAAACUUUAAUCAAACCAAGAACAUGUCAUUUUAGUAACACUAAACCAUUCCUAUUGGUAUCAGGCUUUUUAAUAUUACCUGAAUUUUACCUGGAUCAUUUAUUGUUUACCUUUGUUCAGA